AUGAAAUCAGUCUUGCUGCAGACCUUUCCUGUAUUGCUGCUGCUGCUGCUGCUGCUGGGGCUAAGACUGGGGCUCGGCCUGGGGCUUUGGCUGACUUCCACAAAACUAGGAGAUAAUCAGGAGCUGCAUAAUUCAUUCUGGGACAGCGACUCAUGGGAGGAGGCAGAAGUCACAGAUGAUUUAGGAGGCACCCAAAUUACAGAACUACAGGACACUGGCAAAAAUGACAUGUUUUUGAAUAAGAUGAAAACAUCAUUGGCAGAAAUCCAUGAAAAGGAAGUUGUGGACUAUGAGACCCUAGUAACUGAGGAGUUAUUUCAAAAGGAGAUUAUAGUCUACUCUAGGCAGCUCAAGAAUAGUAGGUACUUCAACGACAUGAUGGCCCAGAAAUUACCAGGGUCAAAGAGCACCUGUAAGGAGAAGCACACCUUCAUCCACGAGCACUAUAAGACAGUCAGAGCCAUCUAUGACACCCCAAGUAUUCCUUGUAAGAAAAGGGAGAAUAACUGUCACCAGAGCAGAGAACUUUUACAGUUGACUGUCUGCCAACUUAUCCAUGACAUGGUCUUCCCCCAUAAGUGCAAUAACGAAAGCAUUCCCGUGACCAUGAACAUAGUUAUUUCUUGCAAUGGAUUGAACCCUCAGACUUUUAAAGAACAUGCCUAA